UCAGUGAUUAUGAGAAUAUUGCCGUGAUAUUACAAAAUAUUUCCCAUGUUUUAAUAAAGAAACAGUGAUAUAAAGUAUUUUUCUUGAGAUACUUAAAAGGUAAUUGUGAUAUUUCUAUUAAAAAUGACGUUAUUAAUGUAGAAUUGGAUCUAUGUAAGGGACAUUAUAAGUGCUUCUGACAUGGAAAAUUAAUGAUUCCAUGCUGUUGGCAAGCGGAAGGAGGUUUUUGAUGGUCGUGCCAGGAGACUGCUGCUGUGAUGAAGAGGAACCAUGUGGAACAGUUGGUGCUGGAUCAUGGUGACCGUAAAUAUGGUUGUCGGGUUGUCAUCGGUGGUUAAGAUUGGUGCUAUAUUCACGGAAGAAGCAAGAGGUGGAAGCGCAGAGCUAGCCUUCAAAUACGCUGUCUACCGCAUCAACAAGGAAAGAACCGUCUUACCAGAGUCUACCCUGGUCUAUGACAUUCAAUACACCACUGCGAGAGAUAGUUUUAGAGCUAAUAAGAAAGCGUGUAUCCAGAUACAGUCGGGGGCGAUAGCUAUAUUCAGCAGCGCUGGCCCGCUGCUCGGGGGCAGCCUCUCUGCUAUGUGCGACUCACUUCAUGCUCCGCACUUUACUGUAGACUCCACUUAUUCUGCACCACUGAAUAGCACAAUAUCGUAUACAAUCAACCUGUAUCCUUCACGGGAACUCCUAGAUUCUGCAUUCAGAGACCUGACUGCGUAUCUCAACUGGACCAGAAUGGGCAUCGUAUACGAGGAUUACGGUUACGGUGAAUUAAACAUUGGGGACCUGGCUCGCGACGGACGCGAUAUGUACGCCGUUCGCUGCGAGAGCCGCGACUACAGACGUGCUCUGGCGCAGCUGAAGAUGCAACGAGUCAGGCAUAUCAUGGUGGACGUAGACCCCAAGCAUCUCAGGCAGCUGGCUAGAGCUAUUCUGCAACUCCAAAUGAACAAUGAGAACUACCAUUAUUUAUUUACAUCUUUUGACAUGGCGCUAUUCGACUUAGAAGACUUCUAUUACAACCGUGUGAAUAUGAGCGGCUGGAGGCUGGUGGAUCGAGGGUCUGAUAAAGUGGAAGAUGCCCUUCAGGUCAUGGGGAAAUUCCAUCCAAUUGGGGCAUCCAUUCUCUCCGGUAGUCAAAUAAAGACAGAACCGGCGUUACUAUAUGAUGCAGUCCACGUGCUGGCUCUAGCACUAGCGUCUACCAAGGAUAUGUACAAAGGGAACGCCUCGUGUGAAACAGAAUCUCCGAUUCCCCAUGGAGAGGCACUACUAGAAAAUAUACACAAGGUCCAAGCACACGGUCUAACUGGCCCCAUAGAGUUUACGAACGGGGUCCGAACCACUUUCAACCUGCAGCUGAUGAGACUGAUGGGAGGCGAGGAUGGUGGAACCGUGAUGUCGGGCACUUGGAACCCGACUGAGGGUCUGGAGGUCACAGACCCAGCGGCGUACAGGAGAGAUCCUCCACCUAAUGUUACUCUUACUGUUGUUACUGUGGAGGAGAAACCAUACGUGAUGGUGAAGGAAGGCUGGAACCUUCAAGGUAACGCGCGUUUCGAAGGGUUCUGCAUCGACUUACUGGCUCGAGUGGCAGCGAGGGCUGGGUUCGAUUACCGGCUGAGACUGGUACCAGACAACAUGUAUGGUGCCUGGGAUCCGGAGACAGGCCAGUGGAAUGGUAUCGUGCGAGAGCUCAUUGAUAGGAAAGCCGACAUUGCUGUCGCUUCAAUGACCAUAAACUACGCACGUGAAGCCGUUAUUGAUUUCACGAAACCGUUCAUGAACUUGGGUAUUGGAAUACUGUUUAAGGUGCCAUCUUCACAACCAACUCGUCUGUUCAGCUUCCUGAACCCUCUGGCAAUAGAAAUCUGGUUGUACGUUCUAGCUGCUUAUAUCCUGGUCUCGUUCACGCUGUUUGUCAUGGCGAGGUUCUCUCCCUACGAAUGGUCUAGCAGUACGCACGUCUGCGGCCACGAGACCAAGAUGCUGACAAACCAGUUUAACGUGUGCAACUCUAUCUGGUUCAUCACCGGCACCUUCCUGAGGCAAGGGUCCGGCUUGAACCCCAAGGCAACCUCGACCCGGAUAGUCGGCGGUAUCUGGUGGUUCUUCACGCUGAUCAUCCUGUCGUCGUACACCGCCAACCUGGCUGCUUUCCUGACUGUAGAACGGACAGUGCUGCCAAUACAGAGUGCAGCAGACCUAGCAGCCCAGACCAGCGUGCAGUACGGGACUCUCAAUGGUGGUUCCACCAUGACCUUCUUUAGGGAUUCAAAUAUAGAUAUAUACCAGACAAUGUGGCGUCAUAUGUCUACAGCAUCACCACCAGCCCUCGUCUCCUCGUACGAGGAAGGCGUGCGGAGAGUACUCGGUGGUAAUUACGCCUUCCUCAUGGAAUCCACCAUGUUGGAUCACAGAGUGCAACGGGAUUGCAACUUAACGCAAAUUGGUGGAUUGUUGGAUUCCAAGGGUUAUGGCAUCGCUACUCUUAAAGGAAGUCCGUGGCGUGACAGGAUAUCGUUGGCAAUUCUGGAGCUGCAAGAGAAAGGCGUGAUCCAGAUCCUGUACGAUAAGUGGUGGAAGAAUACGGGAGAUGUCUGCAACAGGGAUGGAAAGGAUAGCAAGGCCAAUCCACUGGGAGUUCAAAAUAUUGGAGGUGUCUUCGUCACCCUUCUGUGUGGCUUGGUGCUGGCGAUAGUGGUCGCAAUAUUGGAGUUCUGCUGGCACACCAGGAAAAACGCUUCGCAGGGACAGUCACUCUGCAGCGAAAUGGGACAGGAGCUACGCACAGCCAUGCGAGGUGGAUCCUCUCGAACGAUCCUGAAGGCGGGCUGCUCCAGGUGUUCACCUGCCACCCACGUGCCGUCCAGAUAUGAGAUGGACGCGUCCAGCACAGUGGAGCUGAAGGACCUCCGCUGGUCGUAGCGAGGGGCGGGGCGGGGCUCUUCGGCCCCCGCCUCCCCGCGACCUCGUCCCCUCGCCGCCUGUCUCCGUGAUGACUUACCUCACACAAGUAGUCUCAGAAGAACAUCGUCACACGUCUUGAAACAGCCUCGCCAGAAAAAACAAGUCAAAAUAGUCACGUAGUAUAAACACAAUAGUUCAAUAAAUUCCGUCUUUAGAUAAAAAAAAUACAAAUAGCGAUACAACUCUACACAUAAAAAUAACUUCGCAAAUAUUAUAAAUGAAAUAUAUACUCUAGCUGCAUGGCAAUAAGAUUUAAUUUCUCUUGGAUCCCUUCGAAUUAGUCUAUAGGUGCGUACAGACUGGUGUAACUGUAACAUAACAUGAAAUGUAUCAUUUUACCUUUCAGUGCAUCGCUCCUACCGUGGAUGCAUAGUCCGCUCAUACCGCGACCCGCGGACGUCUGUUUCCGCCAUUCAUCCGCGAAAGCGCCCGUUUGUAUGCGUUCGAAAAACCGACACAUCACGAGUCGCUCCGAUCGCGGCUUCUAAUGCUUGUAGCAGGGGUGGGACAGACGCCUUACGUUUUCAGAAGACUGUAGUGCCAUCUGUUAGUUGGCCCGAAAAUGAAAGCUUUCUCAGCUGUCACUCGCUUUGAAACUAUUCUUUAUUUGUAUCACCGCCCACUGGUCAUAAAAUGGUGGCUACUUCUAGCGUUUGCGCAUGUAUGUAGCUCUCGUGUUCCAUUUUGCAUAUUUACACUAUUUAAUCUACCCUUUAUGUUCUAUGUUGUGACAAAAUAAAUAACUAACUCUACGCGCAAUUUCAACGUGGUAAAAAAUUGCAAUACCUACAUUAAAAAGUAGAGUUAGUUAUUUAAUUGCGUCACAACAAAAUGAAUUUUAUAAUUUCGAGCUUAUAUAUAGUUAUUUUCAGGGCCAAUCUCCAGAUGGCGCUAGUUUUCAAAUAGACAGCGCAUAAUGCGUAGGGAUUGCUCUCUUUUCCCUAUAUAUUAUUAUACUCUUUGGCUUGUAGCAUGUGAAAUGCACAUUUCAGGCGUCCAAACUAUGAGAAAUUGUUACAAAAUGUGUUUGUUGCCUUUCAUGAUACAUGGCAGUGUACGGAGAUUUAUUUCAUUGAAUGAAUAAUUUCAUGUAACGUUUCAUCAGUCUGUACGCACCAUAAGAUCCGUAUAUGUUAAGCGAUAUUGUUACAUUAGGACUACAGUAAAUCCAGUAUAAAUCCGCAAAUACUUAAUCACACGUACCAGCAGUCAGUAAUAUACUUCUUAAUAGGUACCAAUAUCUCAUUACACAACAUUUAUAUAAAUAUAUUAAUAAAACAAAAUAGGACACUAGCAGAGAUAUUGUUUGUUAAAGGUAUCGCCCUGAAUGUUCACUUUAAUGCUCAAUUACUAAAUGACCCAAGGAACCAAGCCUUCGCAUAUACUGUAAGUAUUAUUCUCAAAUGUUCUCGAGCAGUGUAGCUACUUAGUACUUACAAAAAAUAAUACAACUCUGCGCUGAUUUAGUGUCUGAUCAUACAGACCGACUCGGAAAGCAGCGGCCGGCGUUCAUCUUUCCACGGUUGGAACUGGCCGGAGCCGACUAAGCCGUUUCACAUAGACCAGCUGGAAGAACCCGGAUUCGCGAAAGAGCAUGCAAAUGGAGCCGUUCGUUGCGCGAACGCGAAAGAUUACGUCAUCAGAGACAGUCGGUUGGCUCCCCAUAUUACACACUAAGCGCGUAGGAUUGCUCUCAAACAUUCUCAAUAACAAA